UGCGUGAGUGAUGUGAAGUUAUAAACGCUAUAUAAGUUUGCACCACGUUGAUUCAAAUCAAAUUCAACUUAAAGAAAAAGUAAAAGCUGACAAAAUCACCCACGUCUACUCAAUUCAAGAGAGGAAACAUGCAGUUGCUCUGGUUGCUUUUGCUAAUAACUGUCACCAAAGUUAAAGCUAAAGAAUUUCGUUGCAAUUUUAUUCCUGGCGAUGGAUCAGGUGGAACGGAAAUAUUAAUUGGAUACAAGAGAACAAUUUCGCAUUGCAUAAAGGCGUGUACAGAAAAGAGAUGGCAAUAUCCUAAAAUAAACGGAGUCACAAUUCCCAGUAAGAAAACUGGCAACAUGGUAAAAUGUUACUGUGAAAUAGGGAUGACAGGAACAAAUAAAAAUACGAGAUGGCAGACUUAUGCAGCUUCCAGAAUUUUCAUGCAAUUUUAUCAUUGGUGAUGGAUCGGGUGGAACGGAGGUUUAUAUUGGCUACAAGAGAACAGCCUCAGCAUGUAUCAGUGCAUGUGCAGCAAUGAGAUCGACGAACACGAAGAUAAACGGAGUAACGAUUCCUAGCAAAACUGCUGAUAGAUUCAAGUGCUAUUGUGAAAUAGGCAUGACUGCUACAAACGGAAACUCCAAAUGGAAAACGUGUCUUAUAUCUCCACCAAAAUUAUCUUGCAAUUUUAUCACCGGUGAUGGAUCGGGUGGAACAGAGGUUUACAUUGGCUACAAGAGAACAGCCUCAGCAUGCAUCAAUGCGUGUGCAGUAAAGAGAUCGAAGAACCCGAAGAUAAACGGUGUUACAAUUCCUAGCAAAACGGCUGAUAAAUUUAAAUGCUAUUGUGAAAUAGGUAUGACUGAUACAAACGGAAACUCCAAAUGGAAAACGUGCUUUAUGUCCCUUCCAGACGCGCCGUGCAAGUUCAUAAAUGGAGAUGGUACUGGUGGUCUGGAAAUUCACAUGGGGUAUAAGACUGUGGAAGGGUGUAUUAACGCCUGUGUUGCAAAGAAAGCACAGUAUUCAGACAUCAACGGUGUGACUAAAGGAUGAGUGAAUUGUUAUUGCGAGAGGGGAAUGACAGGCUCGAAUAGAUCUAAAUUAUGGAAGACAUGCAGAAUAUAGUUUAAUAAAGAUAGUAAAUAUUUUUUGUUGUUAAGCUCAGAAAAAUAGUGCAGUAUAAAAUACAUAUAUUUUCGUGAAAA